UCACAUCUUCAUCAAACACUAACUGAACAGAUGGAAACAGAAGCUGAUGGAGAGGACUGUGGAGGAUCAGAACCAGACAGGAACUCACAUCCAGAUACACAUUUACAACCUGAUACUGAUGACAAGACUCCAGACUCUUUAAGGACUGAGACUGAUAACAGUGAUGAAUGGAAGGAGAGCAGUGAAGCUCAGUCAGAUUUAAAGUCUCCUGUGAGUUUUAAAACUAGAAAGAAAUUAUUUAGCUGCUCCGAGUGUGGUAAGAAAUUUAGCCAAAAAGGACACUUGGUCAUACACCUGAGAAUGCACACAGGGGAGAAACCUUUCAGCUGCUCAGUUUGUGGUAAAAGACUAGUAUGUAAAGGAUCUCUUAGGAGACAUAUGUUGAUUCACACUGGAGAGAAACCCUUCAGCUGUUCACUUUGUGGUAAAUCUUUUACUCAGUCAGGUCUGGAGUACCACCUGAAAACUCACACAGGAGAGAAACCCUUUAGUUGCUCAAUUUGUGGUAAAAAAUUUCCAAUCAUGGGGUCUCUCAGAAAACAUAAGAGAAUUCACACAGGAGAAAAACCCUUUAGUUGUUCAAUUUGUGCUAAAAGAUUCAAUCGGAAGGUGACUUUGCAGCAUCAUAUGAGAAUCCACACAGGAGAGGAAACAUUUAGCUGCUCUGAAUGUGGUAAACAAUUCGCUUUCAAACGAUAUCUGCAGAGACACUUGAGAAUCCACACAGGAGAGAAACCAUUUAGCUGCUCCUUUUGUUGUUUUAGGUUUAAUAAAAAGGCAAAUCUGCACAGACACAUGAGAAUUCAUUCAAGAGAAACUGUUUAA